ACAAAUUCUGCACUGGCUGAGGCAUGCCACAUCUGAGCUGAAAAAAGAACUGAAUCCCUUGGGCUAAAUUCAUUCCUGGAGUUGCUUGAUUGAACACAAUGCAUUUACACUGAGCGCAGAUUUGGCUCAUACCUGACUUUGUCAGCAUUCACUGUGCUGUAACUAAGUAACAAGAACACUGUCAUUAGGGGACAGAUGAACAGCUUUCUCUAGGGUUAUUAGAGCACUGAGCACCUUUAAGGAGCGCAGAAACCAGUGAAAGGAGGAGUUGGAGAAAAGGACACCGCUCCUUUUAGAGUCUUGUAACAGGACUGAUAAGCUAUUCCUGUGAUGUGAUCGAACGGGACUGAAUACUGCAGGCUCUUGGACUCUUAUUCUAUAAAAUCCACAGCAGAGCAGCACAGGAAAAGAUCGGAGGGAACAGCUUCUGCUGUACCAAGAAAGAUGCUGGAGAGCUCUUCAGUCCUUUUGUUCACUGUCUUCCUCCUGCUUUUCAUUUUGCUGCUGGUUGUGGUACUCAUCAGGAGAAACCCCACUGCUUCCCUUCUCUGGAAUGAAAUAAUCCGGGAGAAAAUAACCAAUUUAAUCAUGAAUCAGAGCAAGGAACAGAGGAUUUUAAAUUUUGUGCUGCAGAAUGCAGUCCGGGGAGACCCCUGUAGUGUGCUGGAUGCUAUAGAUAAGUACUGCUCCCAGAAAGAGUGGGCCAUGAACGUGGGCAAUGAGAAAGGUGUAAUUCUAGACAAGACAGUGGAAGAGGUUAGUCCAUCGGUUGCACUGGAGCUGGGAACAUACUGUGGCUACUCAGGAGUUAGGAUUGCUCGGCUGCUGAAGGCAGGAGCUCGUCUUCUCACUGUGGAGUUCAACCCAGAAUUUGCUGCUAUAGCUAAACAGAUGUUUGAGUUUGCUGGAGUGCAAGAUAAGGUAAGACUCCUAGAAGGCCCUUCAGAGGAAAUUAUUCCCCAGCUGAAGAAAAAAUAUGAAGUGGAUACUCUGGAUUUUGUCUUCCUGGACCACUGGAAAGACAGAUACACACCAGAUACCAUCCUGCUUCAGGAAUGCAACUUGCUGAGGAAGGGAUCGGUUCUUCUGGCCGACAAUGUCAUCAUCCCAGGAGCUCCAGAAUUCCUUAACUAUGUCCGCAACAACUCCCAUUUCCAAUGCACUAACUACCCAUCUCAUCUGGAAUAUAUGAAAGCUGAGGAUGCUAUGGAAAAGGCUGUGUUUUUGGGAUAAAGAGGGCCAUUAAUACUCAACCAUGUAAAUGCAACUGCACAAGUUAAUUUUUCCAUGCUUUAUAUUUUGGGGUGUUUUUUUGUAUUUUGGAGCCUGUACUUAAAGCAGGUGCUAGUGGAGAUCACUUUAGACCAGGUGGAAAACAAAAUCAGAAGUAGGGUAACUGCUCAAAGGUCUGUUCCAUUGUUUCACAUAAUUCAGCAAACCCAAGGUGUUGCACACCGCAUUGACCAACAGGUCAUCAAAUAACACAGUCUGUUAUUUUGAACUCAAACCUGAUUUGGGCUUAGGGUGAGGUGGAAAAAGUUGCCACAACUUCUGAAGAUAUGUAUCCCCAAGCUGACCUGAGUAAUCACUAUCAAGAGUGGAAAAAAAGCAUGUGUGUUGUGAGAAGACCAUUUCAGGAGCCCUGGUUUUGCCAGAUUACCAGCAUGCUACUUAAUGCAAUGAAGGUUCCUACUGCACUGAGAUACAUUUCUGCAUUGUUACUGCAAAAGUUAACCACUGCUAUGUGAGAGAGAAGGGCAUGGACUGAAGGAAGACUGACCCAUGCAGUGAGAAAACAGAACAGAAUUUUGCAGAAGACAAAG